AUGAUGUCUUCGGUUUCCUACGAUGCCUCUGCGGCGAGCUCUGGAACUGUGAAUCCCUCAAGUUCGAGUAACGUUGUCCCCUUAAAUGUCGCCGCUACAGCCGCUGCUGCUGCUGCUGCAGGUGCCUAUAUGCGUGGUGGUAUCACUCAGCAAAUCAAUGCCUCUUCUGAUGCCGCUUUUAUGUACCAAUAUGUUUCUCCCCCUCUCUCCUCCUCUUCAUCACCCUACGCAACCACCUCCCGGGACAGAGUCACCCAGUCUGCUGCCAUGCCCGCCCCAUCCUUCCUAGAUUAUGCCGUUGCCACUGGACAGCUGCCUUAUUACUGUCCACAAUACCUUCAGUAUCCCUUACCCGAGGCCUACCAACAACAGAUGUUGGACCCAAGUGGUGCCUACCAACUUUCACCUUCAACUAUUCCACUGGUUACGCAGGACGCCUCCAUUCCACAAGUGGCUCCCACCACUGUUACCACCUCCAGCAGCAGCAGAUCCACUCCAGCCGCCGCCGCCGCCGCUGUGGGCGCCAUUUCGACAACACCGACGACUAACAACAACAUCCCGAAGCGUCGGUUGUCAUCACCGCUGGUUCAGGAGAAGCGUCAUCAACAGCAACAAGUCCAGAUUCAGCAAGCUGGUGUGGAAGCAGCACCAACUGCUGCAUCAGCACCACCGGUUUACGGAAUAGCCGAUUCAUUUCCACAAAGCCGCAACCUAGACACCGACGGUAGCACCAACGGCAACUACUACAACGCCUUUCUCACAGCAGAUCAGCGCCAACAGCAGCAACAACAACAAUAUUACGCUGCUGCUGCAGCUGCGGCUGCUGCCGCUGCUUCCUGUUACCCCGUAGACCUCCAACUCUACACUGCUCCGCAAAUCGCUACAGAUCCCUACUGGACGACUCGUCACCAUCUCGCUUGGUACUCAAGGAGUCACCCUACUCCACCACCACCACCAGCACCACCACAAACUGUCCAACCCCGAGAAGAUCACCAUUCGGCGGCAGCUCUGCAGGACUGUUAUUACUCGGAUUUGGCUACGGCUAUUCAAAACAUGUGUCUCUGUGGUCCUGCUAAUAGUAGCACUGGUGGCGGUGGUGGUGGAAGUGGUGUCCCCAGUGAACGUGGAACCUAUUCACCCAUCCAAUACGCUGGUUGGGGCUAUCCUACAGCAUCUCCAUCAUCGCAGGCGUCGUCAUCGCCCUUUCCAACUCUCUAUGGAACUCUAGGAACCACAGCAGCGCAACAGCAGCAACACCAUCAUCAACAAAAUCGACACGGCCAUCAUCAACACCACCAUCCAGCCUCAAAUCCCGUCGCUGCAGCGGCUGCUGCAGCUGCGGCAGCUGCUGCUGCUGCCUCUCGGUUGCAUCAGACAGAGUUUGAUCCAGAGGAACUGGCGCGUCUGUGUCCUGGAAUAAAUCCACCAGAAUUGGAUCCAAGUUUGGUGUGGCGGACACGCUACUUCGUGAUUAAGUCGAAUUCCACCAGGCAUGUAAUGCUCUCUAUUCAGCACGGAGUAUGGUGCUCCACCCUGGCUGGCAACGAAUGCCUCAACAGAGCCUACCUUUCUAUGCAUCCGAGUCCGAUUGCAUCUUCAUCGUCGUGUUCAACAACAUCUACCUCACAGUUUAUUGAGCAGACUACUGAUGGCACUACCACCAAAACGUCGACGACUUCAUCCACCAGCGGUGGUGGUGGUGGUGGUGAAAUUGCCACAGCAACACCGACGCAGACACCACCUGGUCGCGUCCUCCUCUUCUUCUCCGUCAAUACGUCGGGCUGCUUCUGCGGUGUCGCGGAAAUGACCAGUCCUGUGGACAAAAUGAAACAGUUGGAUAUUUGGCAGGACAAUCGAUGGCGCGGUGCCUUCAAAGUGCGGUGGAUCUAUGCCAAGAACGUUCCGAACCGUCUACUGCGUCACAUUCAAGUUGAGACGGCGGAGAAUCGGGCAGUGACGCACCUUCGAGACACCAACGAGAUUUUGCCCGCAUCAAAAGGCGAGGAAAUGCUUCAGAUCAUUCACAAUAACUGUCCAGCCUGCCAGCGUGUUUCUAUUGUGAUUCCUCUCUUCGAUCGUAUGCGUGCUUGCUUGCUUGCUUGCUUUCUUGUUUGCGUGUACAACUACUUCUGCUCCCUUCCACGCUCCUCACCCCUCCCUUUCCACUCCUCCUCUGGUCGUCUUCUUCGUCCAGCCCAAUCGAUCUCCACUCUGCCUGUGAUUCCAGCACCUCAUUCAUCUGCCAUCCACUCAAUUUGUCCAUCUCCUCAGCGCCUAGCCAAACACCAUAUGUGCCUUUCCUUAAGACUAUAUGAUGAUGUUAACGUUGAUGCAACGGAACUUUCACGUUCUGUGUACCCUCACCUUCCUCCGCCCCACCUCCCUUCCCUUCGUUCCACUAUCCCCUUUUCUUCUGGUAUUCUUAGCUCCCUUGUCUAUUUCUGUGUCCUCUUCUUCUCCCUUCCUCUAUCCCCCUACCCUUCCCUCUUUUAA